ACCACUCUUUCCUUUCACACCAAGAUGGCGGAGGGAUUUGAAAGUUUAGAGAAGUGUUUUGAUAAACACAUUCCACCCGAAGAAUUGAAGGAAGUAAAAAGGAUAUUGUAUGGAAGUCCAGCAAGUAAGCUUGAGCUGCCAGAGGAAGCUAUAAAGAUUGCUGCAAAUAAUGGAUUUGAGCUUGCUGGUUACAAAAUUACAGCCAGCGAAGAACAACUUCGUGCUCCAAGAAAUGUCCGUAUUGGUGCUGUCCAAAACAAAAUCGUAUUACCAACUAAUCAACCUAUUGCAAAACAGAGAGAUGCACUGCAUGCUAGGAUCAAGGACAUUGUUAGUGCUGCCGCAUUGUGUGGUGUCAAUGUAAUCUGCUUUCAGGAAUGCUGGCACAUGCCAUUUGCAUUUUGCACUCGGGAAAAACAACCAUGGACUGAGUUUGCAGAGUCUGCAAAGGAUGGACCAACUGUGAAGUUUUGCCAAGUGCUUGCUAAACAGUACAAUAUGGUGAUAAUUAAUUCGAUCUUAGAAAGAGAUCAUGAUCACCAGGAUACUAUAUGGAACACUGCAGUUGUGAUAUCAAACACUGGUGACAUUCUUGGAAAAUCCAGGAAGAACCACAUCCCCAGGGUUGGGGAUUUUAAUGAGUCAACAUACUACAUGGAGGGGAAUUUGGGUCACCAAGUCUUCCAGACACAAUUUGGUCGAAUUGGUGUUAGUAUUUGUUAUUCUCGACAUCACCCGUUAAACUGGUUGAUGUUUGGAAUCAAUGGAGCUGAGAUAGUGUUUAAUCCAUCUGCUACAGUUGGGGCACUGAGUGAACCAAUGUGGCCUAUUGAAGCACGCAAUGCAGCAAUAGCCAACUCGUAUUAUACUGUAGCCAUCAACAGGGUUGGAACUGAAACUUUUGAAAAUGAGUUUACAUCAGGAGAUGGUAAACCAGCACAUAAAGAUUUUGGGGAAUUCUAUGGUUCUUCAUAUGUUGCUGCUCCUAAUGGUAGCCGCACACCUGGAUUGUCAAGAACACAGGAUGGUUUGUUGGUAACUGAAGUUGACCUCAACCUUUGUCGGCAGAUAAAAGACAAAUGGGGAUUCCCUAUGACGGCAAGAUUGGAUAUGUAUGCAAAACUGUUGUCAGAUGCUGUAAAGCAAGACUAUAAGCCACUUACAGUAUAUCAAGAUUAAUUCGGCUUUAUGUAAUUCUUUCGAUAGUUGUUUUCCUUUGACUGUGCAAGUUAAUAAGGCUAGUGGUUUGUAAUUUAGAUUUCAUAACAUAGAACUAGUACAAGCGUAAGUCAUUUUCUUGGUCAGUGAAAAAUAUUAAUCAUAACUCUAUAAUCAUAAUCAUAAUCUAUAAUCAUAAUAUAACACCAUUUAAUGUAUUGUAGUCAAUAAUAUGGUCAACGAUGUAUGGCAAUUAUAAUAAUGUAAUCAAAAAACGUAAAUAUGUAGUAGGGGAUGUUUUGCAAAUGAGUCACUGGGAAAGUGAAUAAAAAGUUUUACUGAAUGAAAAAAA